CGGGCUUCCAAAAGAGCAGCGGCGCCUUAUGGCUUUAAUGGUUAAGGGGGUGGUGGGGAGAUGGCUUUAUGGUCAGCAUGUGAGAAACCCAGAAGAACAUACUGGAAAGACUCGGGGCUUAUGUAGAAGACGGAUGAAUUUGGGAGGGAGACUUCUUCUCCACAGCCUUUUGGGGCGACGACUGUUCUCCCCACACCGCCUCCUUUCAGGGAGAAGCACCUGCCUGGGCUACGAAAGCUCCAUCGGACUUUUUGGUUGCGGAAAGAGGGGACCGCGUUAUACGGCGAGAAGACUUAGAAGCCUCUGAGGCAACCGUGCAUUUGGCGGGACAUGACCUGUCCUCCUGGCUGGCUGGGGCUGAGGAAGGAACGGCAUUACGCAAUGUACCAGGCUGGAGGACCGGUAUCUGGGAUCUUAAUAAGAUGUCAAGGCGCAGCAGUCGUUUACAAGCGAAACUCCAUCAGCCCUGCCAGGAUACGUCUCCCCCAAAACUGCAGGUGCCAGAGUGUCUUCAGAACAGGAAAAGGAAAGCAAUGCAGGACCCCACGAUAAAGGAAGAAAACAACAUGAGGCAUCAGUAUGAAAUUAAGAGCUGUUGGCCAUCUACAAUAUCUGGUGGCAUCUCCCCUUGCAUAAUAAUAGAAACUCCUCACAAAGAAGCAGCAAACACUGAUUUUUCCAGGUUCAAAAAGUACAGGUUCAGAAACCUCUUUAUAAACCCAUCACCUUUACCAGAAUUAAGUUGGGGGAAUUCUGAAGAUGUCUGGUUCAACAUUCUCAAGAAAGAAAAUAAAUAUUCUCACUGCAAGCAUUUCACAUCUCUACACUCAAACCUGCAGCCGCACAUGAGAUCAAUCCUAUUGGACUGGCUUCUGGAGGUAUGUGAAGUGUAUACGCUCCACAGAGAAACUUUCUACUUGGCACAAGACUUUUUUGACAGAUUCAUGUUGACUCAAAAGAACAUAAAUAAAACCAUGCUUCAGCUCAUAGGAAUUACAACGCUGUUCAUUGCUUCCAAGCUUGAGGAGAUCUAUGCUCCCAAGCUACAAGAGUUUGCCUAUGUUACGGAUGGUGCUUGCAGUGAAGAUGAUAUUAUAAGGAUGGAGCUCAUUAUACUAAAGGCUCUAAAGUGGGAGCUGUGUCCAGUAACGAUAAUCUCUUGGCUUAACCUUUAUCUCCAAGUGGAUGCUCUGAAAGAUGUCCCAAAGGUGCUGCUACCUCAGUAUUCUCAGGAAAAGUUUAUUGAAAUAGCACAGCUUUUAGAUCUAUGUAUUCUAGAUGUCAAUUCUUUGGAUUUCCAGUAUAGAAUUUUGGUGGCGGCUGCACUCUGCCACUAUACCUCAGUACAUGUAGUUAAAAGAGUCUCAGGGUUGGAGUGGAACAGUAUUGCAGAAUGCGUAGAGUGGAUGGAACCAUUUUUUAAGGUUGCCAAAAAAGCACCAGUAAAACUAAAGACUUUUAAGAAAAUUGCAGCAGAAGACCGGCAUAAUAUACAAACCCACACAAAUUACUUGGACAUACUGGAUGAAGUCAACUAUGAAGUAGCUGUUGCAGUACGAGGCCAAUUAUCACCAUUGUCUACAGGAGGAAUAAUUACCCCUCCAAAAAGUUCUGAAAAGUGAAAUCCCUACAAAACAGGAAUGUGUGCCAACUUGAACGAUAUCAGGAUUGGAGACUGCAGCCUGAACUUUUACACUUACCAAGUGGUUGGGAAGAUCAAAUCUAACAAAAGGAAGCUCCAACGCAACAGUCCUGUCUGUGCAGCCUACCUAACCAGCAUCUGACUGCUGAACAGUUAAAUUCAUAAUGAACAAUGGAUUUUUAACCUGUUUAACAGUCCUAAAUAACUUUGUUUUAUGAUACCUGUGGCUGAAUCUGUCAGUGGUUUAACUGUGUAUGGACUUAUACAAAACCCUUACAUACCACCUACCUGAAGCAUAAGCCUGUUUUGUGGGAAACAAGAUGUAUUCUUCUGCCCUAUGUUGAAAGCAGACCGGCUGGUACAAUCAAACUCUGCUCAACAGCAUUAGGCAGAUUUUGGCAGCCUGACUAGCAGUGCAACUGCCCCUCCUGUUGAAUCAACAUAAGCCAAUGUUCCUGCUUCUAUACAUUUGCACAUUAUAGCUUUUAAGGUGAAACUGGUUUAAAGCCUGGCCAAAAGUAAGGGGGUGGGGUAAGAAAAAGGCUUUAGUAAACAAUGAAACUACUCCUAUAUCAGCAGGCAAUUUGAGCAGUCAGCUCUUAACUGGAAAGAUACCAGCUUUACAGUGAAUAAUUGUCACAUACUACCUCUUUCCUCAUGAGGUGCUAUCUUAUAUUCAAGAAGAGAUGCCACAAAGCAAGGACAAAAAAAAGUCAACAGCAACAGUUUAUGUGCAGAGGAGAGUUAUGCUCUUCAAUGUACUGUUAAGGCUGCUCUCUUCAUGCCACCUUAUAUCUACUUGUUUGAAAUGCAUUACAAAAGCUAACUUACUUCUGUAUAAUCUUGUAAAAAUAAAAAGGAGGAAUUUUAAGUUUUCUAAAUAGGAAAAUACCAGACAGUAUGUUUAUAAAUAUGUAUUGUAAAAAAAGUCUUAUGAGUUAAUAAAAAGUGUUGGAAUUUU